CGAGCGUCCGAGACGGCGAGGAGAAUGCAAAGGCGGCAUAGCGGCAAUUCACAUUCCCCCUAGAACGCACGGAGCACCGGCUUUCUGCGAUCGGAGUCUUCGAGCGAGAGUCGAUUGACGUGACAACCCAUAGGAGGUGCCCUUGGCAAGAUUGGAGUCGACCCGCAACUGAUGAAACAUAGAGCAUCGUCUUGCUGUUCCAGCCCAAACCCCUUAUCUACAGCGCAGAGUUGAAGUGCGAGCACGGCUUUGAAUUCAUUGGCAUCCUUGCACCUAGCACUUGACCACUCCAUCUCCUAUUCGUGGAGAGUGGUUGACGCGAACCACAGCGACAGCAACUGCAAUGGACAGUAGCAGUGGCAGUGAUCAGGGACCGGCUUAUGGCCGAGCCCGGGGCCGCUCACGAGGCCGCCUGCGCUCUGUGGCACCCACUCCACCAUCGAGCAUGUUUGGACAGCAGUCUGCCAUCCCACCCAGCCCGUCGCCUAGCAUGUUUGGACAGCAGUCUCCCAUGCCACCAAGCCAGUCACCCAGCACAUUUGGACAGCAGUCUGCCGUGCCAGUCAGACCGGCAUUGAGCAUGCUUGGACAGCCACAGUCUUCUACCAUGCCACCCAGCCUGCCAUCGAGCAUGUAUGGACAGUUGCAGUCCCCCACACCAUCCCAGAUGGCCAUGUACGGGGCCAUGGUGUCUCAGCCUCCUCCAGCGCAGAUGGCUCGCCUAGAGCAGCUGCCUUCUCCAGCGCCGUCUAUCUUGUCGGAAAUCAGCAGCUUGACGACCUCCAUCGGUGAAAUUUCCUUCCGUGACGCUGUUGCAGAAAUGGAGCGGGAGCAAUUUGAAAAUGUCACGACCAUGAGCGCAGCCGCCCUCAAUGCGGCUAUCUCUGCUGGUCGUGGUGCCCGUCGGGGCCGCCGUGAUGAGCUGGCGGUGCUGGCAACACGGCCCAAGCACAUGACAGACAAGACAGGGCUGUCCGGCAAUCCAAUCAAGCUCGUGGCCAACUACUUUCGGCUGCUGUCGUUGCCCCAGUGGUGCGUUCACCAGUACCACAUAGACUUCCUACCGCUGGUCGAGUCAAGCCGCAUCCGCCGGGCACUCAUCAAUGACCAUCGUGAGCAGUUUGGUCGGUGCUUUGUGUUCGACGGCAUGUCAGACCUGAAGACUCCUACACGCUUGCCACAUGAGAUUACCGAGCUCUACACUAAGCGGCACACGGAUGGUGCCCCCAUCACGAUCCGAAUCAAGUGGGUGCAGGAGCUGGCCCCGACCAACCCAGACCUGCUGCGCCUGUUCAACACGCAGAUGCGCCGCAACCUCGAGCACCUCGACUUUGUGCAGAUAAACCGGCACUUCUUCGACAAGCGUGCCGUAUCAGCGAUUCCCCAGCACGGCCUUGAGCUGUGGCAAGGCCUCAUUACUGCCAUAGGGCAGUACGAGACUGGUGUCAUGAUGGUCACGGACACAGUGCACAAGGUGCUUCGGCGUGACAGUGUGCUGGACCUGCUGUCGCAGGUUUCGUCAUCUAGUUCCCACUACCGAGAUGAAGCCAUGAAGCGUGUGGCCGGCUGCAUCGUGAUGACACCGUACAACAACAAGACAUAUCGUGUCGACGACAUCGACUGGGAUAAAUCGCCUGCAAGCGUCUUUGAGACCAAGGAGGGGCCCAAGACGUACAUGCAGUACUAUGCGGACCAGUACGAAAAGUGCAUCCGUGACCCGCGGCAGCCACUGCUGGUGUGUCGACCCAAGGAAAAAGAUCUGCGUGCCGGCCGCACCGAGAACAUUUACCUGGUGCCUGAGCUGUGCGUCCUGACUGGGCUGACUGACGAGAUGCGUGCCAACGUGUCUGUGAUGCGUGACCUGGCCCAGCACACGCGCAUAGAUCCGCCAAAGCGUGUGCGCAACCUACUUGAGUUCAUCCAACGUAUCAACGGCAACGAGGCUAUCCACCACGAGAUGGAGCAGUGGGGGCUGACGUUUGACAAUGCCCUGGUGAGCAUUGAUGGGCGCACCCUGCCCCCCGAGAAGGUGAUGCAGAGUGGCCAGGUGUACCGCUACAGCCCCGCCACAGCAGACUUCUCACGCGAGAUGCGCGACAAGCGGCUGCAUGUGGCCGUUGCCAUCGACUCGUGGCUGGUGGUGUGCCCCAAACGCGAGGAGGCCAACGUGACCGAGUUUGUGCGCAACCUGAUGAGCGUGUGCCCACCUAUGGGCGUCCGCAUGGGCCAGCCCCAGAUGUUGCAGCUGGACGACGACAGAGCGGGCAACUAUGUACGUGCCCUGCACGAGCUUGGUGGAGGGGGAAACCUGCAGCUGGCUCUCAUUGUUGUGCCCAACAACCGCAAGGACCGUUACGACAUGAUCAAGAAGCAGGCCUGCGUUGAUCUUGGCCUCCACACCCAGGUAAUCCUUGCUCGCACCAUUGGCAACCGCAAGAAUGUGCGAUCGGUGGCCACGAAAGUGGCCAUUCAGCUCAAUUGCAAGCUUGGUGGGGAGGCCUGGUGCUUAGAGAUCCCGCUGUCCAACACGAUGGUCAUUGGCUACGACACAUACCACGAUGCCGGCUCGCGCAAUCGCUCAGCGGGCGCUUUUGUGGCCAGCAUGAACCGCACAUUCACACGCUGGUACUCGCGCGUGUCAUUCCACGCAUCGCACCAGGAGCUUGGCAGCACAUUGGCCUUGCACCUGCAGGAUGCUCUGCGCAAGUAUGCCCAGGUGAAUGACGGUGCCUCUCCUGAGCGGAUCAUUUUCUUCCGUGACGGGGUCUCCGAUGGCCAGAUACCACAGGUGCGCGAGUGGGAGAUUGACCAAAUCGUGAGCUCUCUGGAUCUACUCUUCCCGGGUGUCGAGCACAAGCUGGCCUUCGUCGUCGUCACCAAGCGCAUCUCGACGCGCUUCUUUGCGCACACGACUUCCGGCGGGUUCAACAACCCACCUCCGGGCACCGUCGUUGACACGGAGGUCACGCGGCCUGAGCGCUACGACUUCUUUCUGGUCUCCCAGAGUGUGCGCCAGGGCACCGUUGCACCCACGCACUACAACGUAAUCUACGACACGACGGGCCUCAAGCCCGACCACAUGCAGCGCCUCUCAUACAAGCUGACGCACCUCUACUUUAACUGGCCUGGCACCAUCCGCGUGCCUGCUCCUUGCCAGUAUGCCCACAAGCUGGCAUUCCUUGCCGGCCAGUCACUGCACGGCGAGCACAGCCCCAGGCUUGCCUCGACCCUCUUCUACUUGUGAUUGAUUUUCUUGUUUUGCGAUCGCGCUUUUUCCUGUCAAAUUGCAAUGAAAUGCGUUUCUCUAUUCACACAUCUCUUCUCUCUUUUUUUUUUCUCCUCCUCUGCCUCGGCACACUAACAUACACUCAAUUCACCCAUGUUGCCUUCGUCUCCAUUAACCUACCCUUCCAAGUGCGAAAUUGGUUCAAUACGAAAGUGCACUCACCAUUUCUAUUUUGAAUACUCUAUACAACUUUCUUUCCUGGCUGCGUUCCCGUAUCUGCUUGCAAAUUUGUGGGUGCUGAACUCAAAAGGUGGAGUCUGUCUGACGGUUCAGAUUUGCAUACUGAAAUAUCCUCCAUGCUAGCUUUCCACUCACCUGCCUGUUAUGAUUAUGAUGCUAUCUUGAAAGGCACUUCAUUUCGGUUGUAUUGCUGUCGUAGACUUUUUUUUUUUGCAGCCUCUGUGUAGUAAUUGAUCAAAAAUUCUUGGGGACGAAAUUCAGUGGGGAGAGCAAAAGUUGAGAAGAGAUGCAGUUUUCUUUUUCUUUUUUUUCAUGCACUAUUUUGACCAUUCUGAAAUUGCAUUCUCAAUUGAAUCAACUCAGACAAUGUCUUUUAAAAUAAUUUCUUGCACAUUUUUUGCAAUUUCGGUCAGUUGGUAAUUUGCCUGUGCAAAUUGAAUCAUGUUAAAACCUGUUCUCAAAUCCAAAAUAACUUCAUUUUAAACAUUUCUUUCAUCUUUUUAUUCUUGCUUUCAUGUGUGUUUUCCUCUUUGUCUUAUUUUGCAUGCAGUCAUCAAGAGGUCUUUGUCCUUGCUGGAACCACUGAACAUUGCUUUUCUUCUUAACUGCCAAUGUUGAAAUCCUGUGAUUCAUAGGUUUUAAUUGCAUUAUCAUGUCAUUACACUGAACGAACCAAGUCAGUUAACCAUUUUUCUUGACAUUAGAGUUUGCCCCCAUUUCACCAAUGAAGUUAUCAUGGUACAUUCAUUGUUAUAUAACUAAUCACGAGCUUAUUUUUAAAAUUUCAUGUCAAAUCAAUUACUUUCUCAAUGGCGAAGUACUUUUAUCACUUGUUAGAACUGUUGGGCAAUGAAAAUGUUCUUGAGUGAGGAUUUGCAAUCAAUCAAUUGUCAAACUCCGUCAUUUUGCCUGCUGUUGCCGAGACAUCUCUUGUAAUGGGAGGCCCUUUUCUGAGUGCAUUGUCAUGUUAGUUUCCUACAUGUAGUCACUCCUGUUCAUUAAUUUCAGAGCGAACUUACUUGUCUCAGCCUUCUGCCGUCCACCCCCUCCUUUGUUUUCCCCUGCAAUAUGUGAUUGAGACAAUCAUGCAAAGGAAAAAAAAAACUGCUGCUUUCUACUGUACCUAUUAUUGAUGUAGUUUAACAAGGUCAAUAAAGACUGUUCUCGUUUCAUCA